CGUUGUUGAGGCCGUAUCGAUCUGUCGAAUCUAGCGAACUUACAGGUGGCUGCUGCGGGUGGAGCGGGUUGCGCAUUCAAACGUUACUUUUGACAGUUUCAUUCGAUCGGUGUGCGGUGUCAACAAGGCAGACGUCUCCAACAAUUAGUGAAAAUGAAAGUGAAACACUUAUUUAUAUUCGGUCUAUUCUUCGUCAUAGCUGUAACAUUCUCCCACAGCUACAGCAUUGAUAAGUAUUCAUUACUCAUGCCGAACGUCAGGCCUAACACCCCGGAACUGUAUCUCUGUACUCCCGUCAAAGUAGACUCUGCAAAGAGUUACUACAUAGUUGGAUUUGAACCGAAUACAACAAUGGCAACUGCUCAUCACAUGUUACUUUAUGGGUGCACAAAACCCGGCAGUAGAAGACCGGUCUGGAAUUGUGGUGAAAUGGCACAUGCUAUGGACUCUGGUUCCGAUACUGCUAGCCCAUGCAGUGAAGGCUCUCAGAUAAUCUACGCUUGGGCCAGGGAUGCUCCAAAAUUGAUUCUCCCAGAUGGCGUGGGUUUCAAAGUCGGUGGUGACUCACCAAUAAAGUAUUUGGUUUUACAAGUACACUAUGCCCACAUCGAUCAAUUCAAAGAUGGGAGUACCGACGAUUCUGGGAUAUUUUUACACUAUACUUUGCGACCCCACAAUAAAUUGGCUGGAGUUUUGUUGUUGGGAACGGCUGGAAAAAUCCCCCCCAAAAGUACAGAGUUCAUGGAAACGGCGUGUGUAAUAAAUGAGAACAAGACGAUUUAUCCAAUCGCUUAUCGAACUCAUACUCACUCAUUGGGUAGAGUAGUUUCAGGAUAUUUAAUCAACCGUGACAACCAGUGGACAGAAUUGGGCAAAAGAGAUCCGCUGACACCUCAAAUGUUUUAUCCAGUUCAUAACAGAACGCCGGUCACUGUUGGUGAUACCCUGGCAGCCAGAUGUACGAUGCAGAGCAAUCGUACAACUUGGACUUACAUUGGUGCUACAAAUGAGGAUGAAAUGUGCAAUUUUUACUUAAUGUAUUAUGUUGACAAUGAAGAACCCUUGGAUAUGAAAUACUGCUUCACUGGUGGACCACCUAAUUACUAUUGGAAAAUGGGUGGAUUGACCAACAUUCCGGAACGUGAAGCUUCAACAUUAUAAUGACAAAGGCGACGUAAGGUAUUCUGAAUGCGGCUCCUGAUUGCUUAAUUAUUACUAUUUCUUCAUCUACUUAUUAUUCAUUUUCGCGGCAGAUAUGUAGUUACUAUAUUUAUUUUCAUGGAGAAACUACUAUUGGGAUAGAACAAAUUUGCCAGGUAACUCACGCAGUUAUUUAAAUCACUUUUUAUUAUAUGUAUACGCCCAAUUAUUUUUAUAAUCAUUUUAACAAAAUUAAAGUAAAUGUAGGUUUCCUUUCGCACAUAAAGGAACAAAAUAGGGGAAUUAGCGAUUACUUCUUGAGUAAAAAGCUGAGAAUCGCCUAUGAUGAAAUGAAUUUUGUCUAUUGCUCUCUGUACUUGACCCAUUGUUAAUAUACUGAAAGGAAUUCAUUUUCGACAAAAACUUGAAAUAUUCCACCUUGCUACUCUAGGAAUUUUAAACACUUAACCAACUAGGGAAAAUAUGUGUUCGGAUCUUGUAUCGAUGGUAGUGCUAUAUGCACGUGGGUAGGACCAAGAACAAUAGAUAGAUAUAUUUGCCUUUUGUUGAUAGGUAUAGUUUAGUUAUUUAACUGGAGUGUCACAAGUGCAUAACAUUGCUUGAAUUCAUAACAGAUAAUGUAAUUUUUGCUGUUGUUGUGACUAAAAUUCACUGAUCUAUUUUAUAGUACGGAUUAAUAUUUAUUCAUUUUAUUUAUACUAUACUGAAGUGAGUCUGUUUGGAAUAAGAAUCUGAUCCAUGAAAACUGAGAUAAAUGUGGGUUGAAGUAUGUAAAAAUCUCAGAAUACCUGAAUAAUUGUACUUAUUAUGUAAGAGUUAGAACUGAGACCAACACCUGUCUGCAAUAGAUGCUUUUCACCCAUUUGUUGGCCUAACCAUUAUUCAUUUCAAAAAUUUUGGUGAUUUGACAAAGGGUCAUAGACAUAGGCAGAUGACAAUAGAUAUGUCUAAUUUGUGUUUUACUUAUAAUAUGAAUGGAUAUGCCUUUCAAUGAGCAUAGACUAUUUUUAUAUGAUCUACAGAGAUAUCAGUAUUUUAGUUUAUUUAUAGACUAUAACACAGCCUUGUGGUCGCCAUUUCCAAACUGUUAGUAAUAGAAUUAUCUCAGAUCAGUACAAGAUAUUUUAAUGCUUGCAUAGGCUGAGAAAAAAAAUUUGGGUACUGAAUGAAGUGAUUUCUGUAUUGUACCUCAUAAAAUGUUAAUUUUUAUUAAUUUCUUGUGCAUUAUGGAACCUGCGCAAAUGCCGCUGCCCAGCGAAACUGAUUGACUAUUUUGUUGUCAUUUAUGAAUACAUAAAUAUAUGCAUGUUACUAUAUAUCUAUAAUGUAAUACAGAUUAGUAUUGCAUGAAUACAUAGUAUUGAUAUGUUAACAGCUCAACAUUAAAAGUGAAAAAUAGGUUUACAGACGCUCUUCAUACAUCACACUUGUUGAAAUGAAAUUGAUUGCUGUAGGCAAUCCAGAAGUUAAUCACCCUUAAAAUCCGGUUUAUGGUAGUGUAUAAAAAACCUGUGACAGUCCAGCAAAUCAGAGUUCUAUGAAAUCUAUUGAGUUGUGGAUCUUUGGAGUGAUCAAAGCUAUCAGAUUGUUCAAUGACUGAAUAGUAUUGAUUUUUGAUUGUUGAAUAUGAUUGCCUGCUAAUCAAAGCUCUGAAUUGAAAUCCUGAUUCAUAAUUUCAACUUGUUAAAGAAUUAAAUGAAUUUUAUUCAUUCUCCCAUCUAUGUGAAAUGUGUUGGUGCUACAAAGAUUUACUAUAUGUCAUAUCAAAUUUCCCGUAUAUAUGUGAAGCAAGUGUUUGAAGACACAUAUAUACAAAUAUUUAUAUAUAUUAUAUUUAUAUAGAUGAAUCGUGUAUAUUAUGUAUAAAUAUCUGUAUCAAUAGAUAGCAGAGCCAAGUGAACUGUACUAUGGAUUUUCAGAGUCAAGUCAUUCCUGCAUUCAAUUAUUCCAAUUAUGAAGAAGGUACAAAUCUAUGAUACUUAUCAAAUCAGAUAUAGUCUAUUUAUGUGUAUGUGUGUGUAGAGUUGAUUCGUAAAUCAACUAUGUGCUACACAGGUGCAAAUAUAUUUCAAAAUACCAGAAAUUUUAUAUUUUUGCCCCCAAAGCUAAGGAUUAUAUUUGUGAACUUUACACCCCAAUGACCAAAUAAUCAGGAGUGAAUAGAGGAACAAAUUGUACAUGAAUUCUUGAUUCGUCCUAGUAUACAUACAUAUAUUUACCAAGUAUCUAUUAUAUUGUCUAUGUUGAUUGUUUAUUCACGUCAUGAAUGGUUCACGCCUAUCUAUCUACCAGAAAAAUUAUAUAUUAUAUUAUAAUUUCAAUAAAAUCCUUAUACCUAUGAGAACAGAA